UUGAAAAAUGAAUAAAUAAUCACCCGCCUACCAGCAAAUUAGUUACUAUGACUAGAUAUGGCCUAAGCUAUUUAGCCAUUAAAAUAAAAGGUGGUUCUUUAUUAUUUUUGUUAAUGGUUAAAUCUGAAAAAUUACUAAUUAAUAAUUAUAGAUUAUAUAUUUAUACUUGUCAUUGUUUGAUUUUUUUAGAGUACACAUAAAUCUAUGUUAGAUAAGUUUAAUGAUAUGGUUAAAAAAAGAUCACUUAAUCAAGAUAAACCGAGUACAUUGAAACAAUUAAAUUUACAUGAAUUUAAAAAAAAAAAAACUAAGUUAUCUCAAGCUACUUUUGAUAGAGCCAACAUGGAAUUAAUAAUUAGUACGGUGUCCCCUUUUUCAUUCAUUGAACAUCCUGCAUUCCUCAAAUAUACUAAUACUGUGGCACAAAUGGUACCAGUAUCUAGAAGAACAUUGAUGAGAAAUAUUAAUUCAAGUUUUGAAGAAAUGAAAAAUUCAAUUAUCAAAAAGUUUAAUGAUUUGGAAUAUGUAUGUGUUACUGCAGAUUGCUGGACUGCAUUCAGAAGGUCUUAUAUGGGCUUUACUGCACACUGGAUUGAUCCAUUCACCUUUGAACGCAAGUCGAAUGCCAUUGCUUGUAGGCGUAUAAUUGGUAAACAUACAUAUGAUGUUCUAGCUGAUAUGAUUGAACUUGUGUUGAAUGAAUACAAAAUAAAUACAAAAGUAACCUAUAUGGUUACAGAUAAUGCAUCAAACUUUGCUAAGGCAUUCAGACUUUAUAGCACUACUGAAGAUGAAAUAGAAACUCCAGAAAAUGAUUCACUUAUAUAUUCAACGGAUAUUUUUGAAAUUUUAAGUGAAGGGGAAGAAAGACAUUUUAGGCUGCCUAAACAACUGCGCUGUGCUUCGCAUACAUUCAAUUUGCUGGCCACGAAUGAUGUGAAUAAAUUACAAAUCAAAGAUGGACCAUAUAAAACAAUAAGUAGAAGGGCUUUUGGAAAGUGUAAUGCACUUUUCAAUAAACAAAAUAUGAGUACAUUGGUGGCAGAUAAAAUUAAAAAUCAUCUAGGUCGAUAUUUAAUCACACCAAAUGAUACACGUUGGAAUGCUUUGUAUGACUCUUUGAGUUUUAUUAUAAGCCACUUUGAUGAAGUAGAGAAUAUUUGUACUGAUAUUCAGUUGCCUUGCCUAAGUAAACCACAAGAAACAGAUUUUUUGACUGAAUAUUGCAAAGUUAUGAAACCUAUUGCAAAAGCUUUAGAUAUACUGCAAGGAGAAAAAUAUAUUUCUAUUGGUUAUCUUCUCCCUACAUUAACAGCUGUAAAAAAAUCAUUAAAUCAACUUAUAUUGCAUGGAAACCUAAAAUAUUGCAAGCCAUUAGUUGAAGUGCUGAUCAGUGGAUUAACAAAACGGUUUGAUACAAAUUUUGAAUCUUCAGACAUGAAAUUAGCUGCUACUUUAGAACCAAAGUUUAAGUGGAAUUGGGCUGAAGUAGAAAUGGUCAAUGAGUUGAAAGAAUGUUUAAAAGCAAGAUU